AUGCCAGCUGUUGAUUCUUCCAAAGCAUUUGGUAAUUCGAGUUCAUACGAAUACAAUAAAACAACAACAACAGCAAUGACCACUACAUCCGGUGGAGCUGCUAGUUUGGGCAAUAUUGGCGGGAACGCCGCCCAAAAGCGCUCUUCAACCUCUGAUACCUCAGGUCUUCCCGAUGCAGUUUCGCAUUUCUACUACAAACAUGGUCUCUUCCUCUCUAGCUAUCCAACAUGUGCCACUAGCAUUGCUAUUAUGGCAAUAUUACUAUCGUGUUACCCUCUCAUAAAUAUUCCGCUACCCGGUACCAUACCCACCAAAAUUAUGCUGCCCUUCGACGGCCGUUACUCACUUUUCGCAGAACAACCACAACAAAAUGUCUCAUUGGUUAGGAAUUUCUUCAGCCCCCCCACGAGCAGCAAUUUCAGCUAUGAUCCACCAUUUCCUUGGGCAAAAAGUUCACCUGUAUUCUACGUACAACAGAUAAUGUUACGCACUAGUGUGCUACCCUGGACCGAAGACAUGCAGCUAAUGGAUGCCUAUCGUGCGCCGCUUUACGAAGUUUUUAAAUUGCUGGAAAUUGUGCGUAAUCAUGAAAGCGCCGACAACAAACGCACAUUGGAUCAAUCUUGCUGGCAUGUGGAUAAUGUGAAGCGUACGCGCGAUGAAAAAGUAUUAUUCCCCGAAUAUAAUUGCUUGUUACUGUCGCCGGCGAAUUUAUGGUAUCAAGAUGUGCAAAAUUUCACGAAUGACUCAAAUUUAUUGAACACCAUCUUUCAAUAUCAUAAUCUCCAAAAAACCAAAGUCUCCAUCGCCGAAAUGCUCUUCGGCGUACCAAUGCAAGACAGCGGCUUCAAGCGUUAUCCACUUCGUUCGCGUUCGCGUAUAAUACAAUAUGCCAUCACAUUGAUACUGAAGCAAAACGAUCUGGAGUAUUUAAGCACACUAAAACAUAAACUUUUCCAGUACUAUCCGCCCCUGCAACUUAAUCCAACAACAACGGGAGAUCAGCCAACAACAAAAGCCGGUGAUGAUAAAUCGGCCAUCACUUACAUUUUCUAUCCAGAUGAGUUCAAACUGUGGGAGUUUAUGCCGUUAGCGAUUGCUUUUGUGUUGUUGUUCAUUUAUAUGUAUUUUUCGGUGCGAAAAAUCGAAAUAAUACGCUCGCGUCUCUUACUCGCAGUUUGUGCUGUUAUAACAGUGCUAGGCAGUCUGACCAUGUCGCUGGGCGUUUGCUCAUUCUUCGGCCUCACUAUCAGUUUGCAAUCGAAGGAUGUGUUUCCCUAUUUGGUUAUAUUAGUUGGUCUAGAAAAUUGUCUAGUUAUAACGAAGAGCGUCGUUUAUACGCAAGAGACUUUUGAUGUGAAGAUACGUGUCGCCAAAGCGCUCAGCAAGGAGGGUUGGCACAUUUCCAAAACGUUGCUAACCGAAAUCACCAUACUCACCAUUGGUUGCAUCACAAUGGUGCCGGUCAUACAAAAGUUCAGCAUAUUUGCCAUUAUCGGUUUACUCUCUGAUUUCAUGCUGCAAAUGUUGCUUUUCCCUACCAUACUCGCAAUGAAUAUCAAACUUCCCGAAUACACGACCGAAGCGAAGCAUUUGCCAAAAAUGAUGUUAAAAUGCACAAUGACCAAUAACACGGCAACGCCACCGCCUGGUGGUUUCGGUAUGCUGCCGAAUGGACGUAAUGACUAUCGUUUCUACGAUAAGAGUCAGUCGUAUAUGUCCUUAGCGGGGGAUGUCUCGACCACACCGCACCAUCCCAUGAACAACGGUGGCUUCGGCAUGUUCCAUCGUUCACAAUCGCACCCAAAACUAACAUUCGCCGAUCUCAAUACACAUCCAGCGGACUUAACCGCAAAGACUGGAAUUCAACCGAACAAAGAUGGACGUAUACCGAAGCGACUGCGCAUAGUUAAUUUCUGGGCGCGUACGCGCUUCUUUCAGCGUGCAUUCAUGAUUUGGAUGAGCGUUUGGAUAUGCACGAUCGUUUACAAUUCGGGCUGUUUGGAGAAUCUAUUUGCAAUGGAUGGCAAUCGUACGUCGUACGGUAAAGACGAAGCGCAACGAUAUGUCAAGACACACGAACAAAGCGCAGUUUCGAGCUUCUUCACAAAUAUGCAGCAUGUAAUAAAUGGCGCAACAACAGCUGGACAGGACAGUGAUGGUGAGGGCGGGGGAGUGAAGGGACAACGCGAUGGCCGUAUACAGAAAGGCAAAAAAUCGCUACUUGGCAGACAGAAAGGCUCCGCCGGCGAUGGAUCCGUUAAUGACACAGAUGCCGAGCUCCGUCGUCUGCUCUAUCCAGACUAUGAAAUGAAUUAUUUUCUCUCAAAUUUUCACUGGUGCGCUAUUAUGAAACAAUAUAAUAUUUCGCUGAGUGGUCGUUAUGUAACUUUGCUACCCACUAUCAAGUUAUCGCAUCCUAUUAGUGCCGAAGCGGCUGUGCUCAUACGCAAUCCCAAAGAGAAGGUAGCGCAAAACUUCCAAUGGAAAGCGCUUGCCGCAGCACUUGAUCCCAUUGAUUUCAAUGACGAUGAACGCCGUGAAUCGCCCAUGGUAUUUCCAGGCGGCACACCACUCUACCCCAAAAGUCCGAUGGAAUUCUUUUUCGUCAUUUCCAUGUGUUUAAUCAGCAUUUUUGUGCUCAGCUACACAAUGGUCGUUUUCUAUCGUUGCAUUUGCACACGCAACUAUGCCGAAUGGCGUUCCAGUUGGUAUGAGUCAUCGGAGAUACAACAGAAAACUGAGCAUAUACUCGAGGGUGUUCCCACGAAAAUUGUCGGCCACAAGCAUACGAUCGAAUGUUUAAUAACCGAUGGUUCCCAUAUCAUCAGCUGUUGUCUGCGUGGCCAAAUAAAGGUGUGGGAUUCACGCAGCGGUGAGAAUUUGACGACAAUUCAUCGUGAACAUAUGCAGAUAGCAACAAAGCGUGAGGACGAACAGGUGGCGCUCGAGCGUUUACCCUACUCGCCAAUCUGGUGUAUGAACGCGUUCGAUAAUCUUGUGGCGGUGGGCUGUGCAAAUGGGCGUAUCGAGUUGUGGGAAAUGCCAGACGGCAUCUUAAAGUGCAUUUCACCUGGCGAAGUGAAGUCCAAUCAGGGCAUAACGCACAUCUAUAUAAAUGGUGAUCGGGUCAUUGUGGCGCGCUUGUGUGGGCGCUUAGAGUUCUUCCGACUUGAAACCUAUUGUAAAGGACAACAAAUUGAUUGGAAUUUCACGUCGGCAUAUAGAAGAACGCACACACGCACCAGUUCAGCUGGUAGUAUCGGGUUAAUGCACCAUACGCAACAACAACGCGGAUAUUUUGCUGGUCAAUCGCCGCCUCCCUCUAACAAGGAAGAAAUGAAAAUCACCUUAGAAGCCGUGCGUUUCGCACAUCAACAGCCCAUUACCUGCAUGGAGGUGUCCAAUGGUAUGGUCUUCACUGGUAGUCAGGAUCACACACUUAAAGUGUACAGCCUAACAAAUGCCAACAUCGAAUACACACUACACGGUCAUUGUGGGCCAAUAACGUGCCUUUUUGUCGACCACUGGCAACCUGGCACGGGUGGCUCUGGUUCCCAGGAUGGUAUGCUAUGCGUAUGGGAUUUGUUCACUGGCGCUUGCAUGUACAAUAUACAAGCGCAUGAUGGUGCCGUCACGGCGUUGGUGUGCGCACCCACAUAUGUUAUUUCUUUGGGUGUUGAUGAGCGUAUUUGUGUAUGGGAACGUUUUCAAGGCAACCUAUUGACUACUAUCAAUAUAUUGAACGCUUAUUCGCGUUUAUUGAUGUUGACACCAUCGUUGCUUGUCACUUGCAAAAUGGGUUCCCUCAUCGUUUGGGAUGUGCGCACUGGUGAACCAGCGCGUGAAGUUAAACUUGAUCGCGCGAAUUCUCUACUCUGUCCGAAAACUUUAAUGCUCACUGGUGAUGCUGUUGUGUGCGACUAUGGGAAUGAGUUGCGUGUGGUGCGUUUUCCUGUCGUUUCAGACAAAUACAGUUGAACGAGCUGCGCACUAGUUGAACCUAAUAAUUACUAAUAAUAAUAAUCAUAAGUGCGUCCACACACAGUUUUGAUAGCAAGUUUAAAAAAUAUUGUCUAUCUCAACUACUAUGUACGUCCAUAACUCACACAAAUCACCAGAUUGCCUGAUAGCCUAGAGGUUGUGGCUGAAGCCUUGUGGUGUUUAUUUUAGACGAUGACUGCAUUAUAUUCGUUAAAACUUUAUUUAAUGAACUUAAAGCCUUCUCAGAGAAGGUACGUUUGUGUAGCUUCGCUUACAGACAUCGCAAAAAGGAGGAUUAAACUAAAAUAAUUACAUAUAUUUAUACAGGCAAUCAAGUAGUCAAAUUCGGUCUUGCUGUAAAAAAUUUUACAAGACUAAAAAAUUGUUUUUGGUUUACAGUAGCGUUCAUACUCUUUCUACUAUUUCUAAUAUCUAUACACAUAUUUUAGACUGCAACUGUGUACAUUUUAGUAACACUUUAUUUUAUUUGAGCUUUAAACUCUUCUCCGCAAUGCGGAUAUUUUGCGUUUGCCUUAAAAGUAUACUUUAAAUAAUUGCAUGCCUUUUAUAGAACACUUUUUAUUCUGAAUUCGUUAUUUUGCCUUUUAAAACUGAACUGACUUUCAUGUUUCAUUAUAAGUUCCAUUAAACUCACAACCAGUUCAUUUAAUAUCCUACCAAAAUUAUGUUUUAGCUUAGAUAUAUAUAAGCUUAGUAAAUAUAAAAUACAUACAUACGUAUGUGCACAUAUUUUUAGCCCACUAAUAGGCGUUUUAGCUUUUUAUUUAUAUUUUUAUAUUUAGCCUUAGGUUUAAUUUGGAUAUUGUAACAAGAAAAUACCUAUGACACAUUUGUAUAUUUUUAACAGU